UAUUGACUGUAAAUUAUGGCAAUGCCAAAUAAGAAGGUGUGGCUUCAUGUGUUUUUUAUGAUAAUUGCAGGUUUUGCAUUAAGAUCAUGCACUGCCACAACAUACAUUGUGGGAGAUUCUUCUGGUUGGGAUAUCAGCACUGAUCUUGAUACUUGGUCUCAGGGCAAGAGAUUUUUUGUGGGAGAUCUUCUUGUCUUCCAAUACUCAUCAUCGGAGAGCUUAAACGAAGUGACGAGAGAGAACUUCGACAGCUGCAACACCGCCGCCGUGCUGAAAGCCUACUCCACCGGAAACACCACCGUGACACUGUCGGAGCCGGGCCAGAGGCUCUUCGUCUCUGGCAACAGGCUGUACUAUCCAAUUGGACUUCGUCCAAGAUGA